CAGAAGUUGUCAGCGCGAAAGACAAUAUUAAUUUAAUAAUUUACAUGUAAUUCGUGAGCAACGUUAGAAAGGGCGAAUAUUCGAUAGCAUUAGGAGAAAACCGAAUUGGCACAUGUAAUUGGCAUUUAUAUGUUGAUAGUAUGUGAAGACUAAACAAACGAGACAAACAUCGAAAGAAAAAUAUAUAAAAACGCGCGCAUGCAGCAUUUUUGGUUAAAAUAAACAUUUCUAAAGUAAGCAUUUGAAUGGGAUACCCAAUACCCGAUGGCGAAUUAGAGUAGAUACCAUUGUUAAGGCCCUAUAAUGUACAGAUUUGUGUGUGUUGUGACAUAUUCGGUGCGGAAAUAGUGUAUUUUUAAACAAGUCUCUGGAGCUGAUACAUUGAUACAUAGCUCACGCGCACAGGACACCACGGUCCUAACAUAAAACUCUCGUUUCACGCCAUCUAUGUAUAUCCAUUGUGUUACAUAGCGAAUAAGUCAAAACCCAAAAGAGCAGCUAAAUCCGUUCCGAUUCCUUGGCCAAACAGGAUAUUCAAGGAUCUUUAAAUGAGAGAUAGUUUUGUGAACAAACGUGCACAGUAAAGGCGCCAACUAAUUCGAGUACGAUGAGUGGCGUUACCCAGGAAUUUUGUGUACGCUGGAACAGCCAUUUGGGAAGCAUUGGGGCCGCGUUUCCCCAGCUUUUGGCGGGGCAGAGAUUCGUGGACGUAACCCUGGCCUGCGAGGGCACCCAGGUGCACUGCCAUCGCCUGGUUCUGGCCGCAUGCUCCACCUACUUUGAGGCGAUACUGGCGGAGCAUCCCUGCAAGCAUCCAGUCAUCAUAUUGCCCCGUGAGAUCAAGCUAUGGGAGAUCCAGGCGCUGGUGGACUUCAUGUACAAGGGAGAGGUCAAUGUCACGCAAGCCGGUCUUGGUCAGUUACUGCGUUGUGCCGAACAACUACAGAUUCGCGGACUAUACGGUUCCGAGGCGACGAUAAACUACAAGCAGCUCCAUCAGGCGAGUCUCGACGCGCUCAAGGAUCCAAUUGCAUCCACACCGCGAGGCAUUAAGCAUGUGGACAGCACGGAGACGGAUGAUGCAGCCACCAAUUCAACCACCUCAACGAUAACCACCUCCUCCGCUCCACCGUUUCCAGUUAACCAGCAGCAACAGCAGCACCAGCAGACACAACAACAACCGACAGUAUUGAAGCGCCAAAAUCAGGACGCCCGUCAGCAACGACCUCAUAUAAACGGCAGUAAUGCACUGCAGCAGCAGUCAUCAAAGGCCACCUCUGCGAUUGUCCUGGGCAGCCACUCGAAUGCCCCGACCGAGGAUGAUUCCGGCGAUGAGGUGUCCAACAAUUGGAGUGCCUACGGGGAUCACUUCGAGGACAACAAAAUGAAUGCUCAGUUAGCCCUUCAGCAGUCGAGGAUUCAAAUGCAGCUGCAGCACCAGCACUAUUUGGACUCGAAUAUUGAGGACGACCACAACUAUGUGGCCGCUCACGAUGAAAACAAUGACAGCAGCUUUGCCGCCGGCAUGGCCUGCGGCUCCGGUCUGUCCGUCAGCCUGGACACUGAUCUCGACACAUCGGCCAACACUUCCGGCGGACUGAGCCACAAUUCGAUCGACGGAUAUACUUCAUAUAAGCGCGUUCGACGCUCAGAGGCGUCUCUAGCACAAGCGGCCAAAUGUGUUUCGAAGGGCGAGACAUUCCAAACUGUCAGCAAUAUGUUCAAUAUUCCUGUCUCGACCAUUCGCUUCUAUAUGGCGCGCAAGGGAAUACUUCCGAAGCGGAAACGUGGACGUGGUGCUUCCCAUGCCGGCAACAUAAUAAUCACAACAAACUCAGGAAAACUUUCAACCGUCCCUGCGAGCGUAACUCCUCACCCUCAUCCUCAUUCCCAAUCUCAGCAAAUGUCCUUGGACAGCCUGCAGCUAAAGGCGGGCAUCGCAAACACCAGUGGCAGCAAUAGUCCGGCAACUGCAACGGCCACCUCGAUGUCACCAUCGUUUGACAUGGCCUCGGCAGCGGAUAUCGUGCCUUUUCACCUCCACAGCGAUGCGGCGGCGGCAUUCAAGCUCAACGAUCAAAAGCUGCACAUGAUCUAACCACGCUGUUUGCGAACCUGUAUUGUACUAGUGGGGCAAAGAUUAAUAGAGUGCGAUUUCCAAGCAGUUGCUGCUUACUUUUUUUUUAAUUUCGGGGUACGCAUCGGCUCGUGUGGGAUCUUUAGUCAUAACAUAGUCAACAAAAUACAAUUUAUUCUUAGAUUUGUUUUAAUACGCUUUCAAGUUAAGUUUCAUCCUUGGUUGAUUGUACUCACUGUUCAACCCAUUUAUUCAUCAUCAAGAUAUUUCAAAAAUUACACAAAUAUUAACAGUAGACGUAUUCUAUCAAGGACUAUGACUAAAACUUGCGUAAAAAUCUAAAAUCUGUUUAUUGUCGCCCCAGUACUCUAAGAAAUUACUGUAUUGUUAAUAAGAUAAUUAUUAAUAAAAUCAACCUGGAAACUUUUACUAGGUUUUUGUGUGAUUGCAAAUA